AUGCCUCCCACUGCCUCCUUGGUGAUAAUCCACUACUUUCUGGUGCUUGCCACCGUCAACUGUGUGAUUGCCAUCCCGACGGCCAACGACUAUGCAGAAAGGUUGGGUGCCGGUCGGCUCUUUGCGGGCAUCAUGCUUGGGGCGAUGCCCAUCCUUAGCAUCGCCGGCAACCUGUUCAACCAGAAGCUCUUCGCGUGCGUGCCUUUCAAGCACAUCUGGAUCCUCUCCUCCCUCUUUACCGUCCUGGGCUCGGUGCUGUAUGCCCUGGCUGGCUUGAUGAGAUUCAAGUGGACGCUCCUGAUCGCCAGGGGCCUGAUGGGCUUCUUCGCGGCCGUCAGCCUCCCCGGCAUCUACGUCUCCCGCACCGUGGGCCUGAACCGGAUGAGUGAGAUCCUCUUCUACUUCUCCGCUUGCCUCACCCUGGGCUGUGCGGUCGGGCCAGCCUUGGCGGCGAAGUUCAUCAAGAUCAACAACUUGGUCCUGGACUCUGACACGAUUCCUGGGUGGUUCAUGGCGACUCUUUAUCUCCUCUUCACAGUGAAGCUCCUGCUGUUCUUCAAGGAUCUCCCCCGGGAGGCCCAGGCGCUUCCGGCAGCCGAAGGCCGCACUCUCCGCAGCCCAAGGAGUCCCAAGCAGCGUUUGAGCUUCGAAAAGGUUGUGGCCGCUUGUGCCUGCUUCUGGCAGCUCUUCGUCGCCAGUGCUGUGACCACCGGCGUGGAGGUCUACGCCAUCAGUAUGACUCGGAGCACCCUUGGCUGGUCGAUUUCCGGCGCUGCCUGGUUCGUGGCGUUGAUCAUGCUGGUCGCAGGUGUGAUCAACCUGAGUCUGGGUAAAGUGAUACGAACAAUGGCUUGUGGUGAUGUGCCUGGCUUGCUUGCGGGCGAGCUUCUCGCCUGUGCCUCUUGUGUAUUCCUCUUCAACUUUGACGUGGAUUCGCCAAACUUGCAGGUAUCAUUGCUGACGAUUGGUCUCGUCUCGGUGCUCAUCACACAGGGCUUUGCCAGAGCUUUGGCCUUGAGCAUCUGCUCGAAGAUGGUGCCGCCGGAGGCGAUCAACGGCAUGAUGACUUCCGCUGCGAUCUUCAUGGGCCUAGGUCGGGGAGGCGGUGCGAUCGUGUGCUCCGCCCUGAGCCCAGACUCCUUUGCCCCGGUCCUGCUUGCGCUCUUCUCCGUGACCCUCGCGCUGUCCGUGGCGACGAGGAAGCACAUGAGGCCAGAUAUGAAGGACGAAGAAGUCCUGGACCGGUCCGGUUUGCCCUGUAGGCUUUCGGUUUCGGCAUUGAUGGCGCCCCUCGGCUACGAUGCCAUGGUGACCGUGGAUAUGGACCAUCUGGACUCCUUUGCGGACACGUCGGAGGAGACGAGGCACCUGCUUCGCAGCCUCGACGAGCAGGGGCAGCUGCUACCGACCAUGGUGGAAACCACCAAUCGUGCUCCCCAGGGCCGUAAGCUGGGCUACCGCGCGCUGGGGCUCCUUUCCUUUGGGGCUCUCUCCCUGGCCAUCGUCGCGCGCUACGCCCCGAUAGCCGGCCCGGAGAGGCAAGGGGACGAGCGCUCCUUCGCACAGCACUUUCUGGACCGAGGCUGUGCCGGGAGUUCCCCUGAGCCCGUGAACUGCCGGCUGGGAGAGAAAGACAAGAAGUCGCUGGUCUUCUUGUCCAGUACUGCCCUGGAGACGCCCGAGGCUAUGGCCACCUUCGAAAACAUGGUGGUGAAGCUGCCGAUUGUGCGGUCGAACCCUCGCGAGAAGAUGUACUCCGGUGUGAAAGUUCUGCUACUGGAGGACGCCACCUUCCUGAAGCAGAGCUUUUGGGACAAUCAGGUCGCCAGCUUCGAGAAUCCCAGGGCGAUGAAUUACCAGAAGAUUGCGGCCGGAUGCCUGAACUUCGAUGCGGACGAUGUGAAGUCUUGGACGGGAGGGUUCAGAAGUCUGGACGGCGGCUGGGCCUACGACAACGCAGGCGCCGAUGGACUUGGCGGAGUGGGUCUUGAUCCAAGUGCCUUCACCCACGUUUCCAUCUUCGGUAUGUGUGCCAGCAAAGAGCAGGCAAAGUCCCUGUUCCACUUGCAGACGCGGAACCUUCCCCCGAAUAUUUCCAUGACAGUCAUUCCUGGCUCCCCAUGUCUCGGGGCCCUGAAGAAGCUCAUCGAAGACUCCAGCAUCCUCUUCGCCAAUGGUGGGAACCCAGACAUGUAUGGUUUUGUGCUGAAGAAGUUCGCGCCCGAGCUCGGCGAGCUCAUCGCCAAGCGAGUUCGGCAGGGGAGCUUGUUCUACAUGGGUCGGUCGGCUGGCGCCAUGACGGCCAGCCGAGACUUCGGCUUGACGUACGAACCCAACCCGGCGCUCACGACGGUUCUCCUAGACCGAGAUACCACGGGGCUUUCCCUCGCCGGGGAGUGCGCGCUUCGGCCCCACAUCCACGACCACCUCUGGGAUAUCCCAGCCAAGGUCUACGCAAGGGCGACGGGCGAAACUGUGGUGCUGGCGGCCAACGGCGAGGGCUUGUUUUGCAAUCAGGGAUGUUGCGGCAUGACCGGGAAGACGGAGCUGACCGACCCGAAGUCGCUGCUCCAUCAUGACAAGCACGCGAGUCGGAUGGAGCAAGUUUUCAAAGCGGCAUACAGCAGCUACUUUCCCCAGAGCCUUCACUUCGGCGAGCAGCUUGCGAAGCCUCAGUGCCAGGCCGCUGGUCCGGUACUGCUGGCAAGCUCAAGCUUAGACAGCGACGCCGCCAAGGAGGAGUUGAAGACCCUGCUUCGGAGACUGCCUUCUGCUGAGCCCGAUGCAGAGGUCUUUCCGACGCUUCAGGUGCUGUCUUUGGAUGAUGGCGCUUAUUUGAGCACCGACUUCUGGGACUCCUCCAGGCAAAGGUUCGCAAGCCCCACCGGUCUGAAUUAUUUGCGGUCUGCUUCGAUGACUCCGCUCACAGCUGUGACGGCAGCGACGGAGGACUUCAAAGGCUUCCUGCCGGGUGAUGUCGUCAGCGCCGAUGGAGCGUUGCGCCAGCUGGGUCUGAACCAAAUCACCCACGUCUCCGCCUUCGACCGGUGUGCAAGUGCGGAGCAGAAGACUUCCCUGUUCCGACUUCAGUCAGAAGGCAAGGCUCCGGAAGUGUCGAUGGAGUUGGAUGUCUCUGAUCAAUGUCUCAAAGUCCUUGAAGAACAAAUCGCUGCGGUGGACGUAGUCGUGGUCCCAUCUGGCAAUGCAGAUUUCCUCACAUACGUCUACACGAAGUUUGCUCCCAGCCUUGGCACGGCGAUUCUGCAAGGUGUGAAGAAGGGAGAGAUGGUCUUUCUUGGCCAGGGUGCUGGGUCCAUCUUCGCAGGCAAGAGCAUUGCAGCCACUGCGGCCCCGAAUCCAUCGAUACUGAAGCACCUGCUACAUGAGAAGAUGGACGGUUUACAGCUUGUGGACUGCGCCUUGCGCCCUUCCUGGGACGACGAGAAGAAAUGGUGGGACAUUAGCUUACCUCUCCUGCAAGAUGCGAUGCACACUGAGAUCAUAGGCUUGCGAGAUGGCAAUGCACUGGUGUGUUCGAAGAAGUGCGACGUGAUCGGGAAGAGUGGCCACCCGGCGCCCUCCGUCCUGAGCCGCGCAGAUGAAGGUGGUCUUCAUCGCGGCCGACUGGAGCUUGCAAUGCUUUCGGCCUUCCAGAAGUGA